UCUCUCUCUCUCUCUCUCUCUCUCUCUCUCUGGAUAACAAUACAAAACAAUAGAGAAUGGGGGAUUUGGAAACUUUGGCCAAGGCAAGAAGAGAGCUACAAGACUUAUACUUAGGAGUUCCUGAUGAUUCAGUCAACCUUUCUUUUAAAGAACUCGCAGAAAUCACCCAAAGAAAAGCUUCUGCCUUCUCCUCCCAGCUUUCAAUGCACAAAAAAUCUCCGCCGCCGCCCUCUGAAACUUCCGACGAUAAACCGCCGUCCUUGGCAAAGCUUCCUAGCCUGGAUUUCAGUCGAGCCUUGGAAGCUGCAUCAUCCACUCAUAAUAAUCCUACCAGUAACAUCACUCAUCAUUUCGACCACCCUCAUCAUCACCAUCUUCACUAUGGGCACGCCAGCCACCAUGGCAGUCCUUAUGGCCAUCAUCAUGCGAUAAAUGGGCAUGCACAUCAUCAUCAUCAUGCUAGCCCUUAUGGUCAUCAUGUAUCAGUGGAUCGCAGCAUGGGUUAUCUUGAUAAUGAUGAUAUGACGACAAUGGCGGCUGCUACUCCAAACCAAGCACGCCGGCGCCGCCCUGGGAUUCCCCACUCCAAUAUCUGCACUCUUUGCACUACUUACAUCUAUAUUUUCCGUUACCGCUGCCUGGUUUGCGGAAGAGUAUACUGCAGACAGUGCGUGGGGAUUGGCAUGGGAGAUAUGGCGGAAGGUAGGAAGUGUGUGGAAUGUUUAGGCAGAAGAUUCAGUCAAAGAUACAUACAUAAAGCAGGAGAAAUGGGGUGGUGCAUGGGGUAUCCCAACGCUGUAAGGCAACAAGAACUCAAGUGGGCCGAGAAAGGCCCAAAUCGGUCCAGAGAUAAUCGACCUAGCCAGAGUGGCAUGCUUUCAACCUCAAUAAGAACCCCACCACCUAGGCUGCAUACUCCUAACACUCCGUCUUUUGUGAUGAAUUCUCCCCACUCACCAUAUUCGGGACCCACACACCACCAUGCAUUACCUUUCUAAUAAUCUUUUUUUUUUUUAACACAUUAAUUGUUUUUACAUCUACAUUUUUGUUAAGCUAAGUUAAGCUUGACUGUUAACAUGUCUUUCUUUCUUUCUUUCUA